AUGGAUCGUUUCAAGAUGAUCUUCCAGUAUUUCCAGUCCAACUCAGAAUCUGUAAUGAAUGGGAUCUGUGGACUGUUAGCCCUGGCUAGUGUGAAGAUGUAUACCACCUUUGAAUUCAGCUGCCCCUGCCUGCCCCAUUACAACAUGGCAUAUGGCUUGGGGAUCAUGUUCAUACCUGCCUUUGCUCUCUUCCUCUGUGGCCUCAUCCUCAACAGACAGUCCCUGGUGAUGCUGGAAGAGUGGAAGCGACCACUGGGUCGCAGAAAGAAGGAUCUGGCUAUCAUCAGGUACAUGUGCUCCUCCAUCAUACAGCGAGCCAUGGUUGCCCCUGUUGUCUGGAUCAUAGUCGCCCUCCUCGAUGGCAAAUGUCUGAUAUGUGCUUUCAGCAGCUCUGUGGAUCCCGAGAAAUUUGUGGGCUUUGAAAACAUCAGCACACUACAGGUGCAGCAGCUGCUGGCAAAGGUCUCCUGCAAGGACGAUGAGCUCAUGAGGAACAACACUUCCCGCAAGGCCGUGUCCAGGUACCUGCGCUGCUGGUCCCAGGCACUUGGCUGGAGCAUUUUGCUGAUCCUUAUCAUAGCAGCUUUUCUUGCCCGGUGGCUCAGACCUUGCUUCAACCAGACCACCCUGCUACAGGCACGUCACUGGAGCAACUACAUUGACAUAGAGCAAAAGAUUUUUGAGGAAACCUGCUGCGAGCACAGCCGGCUCUUUGCUCACAAAUGCAUCCUCCACUUCUUCAAAAGCAUGCGACAAGAGAUCCAACUGCACAGCUUCAACUUGUCUAAGGAGGGAGGGGGAGCUGAAGAAGAGGAAGAUCUUCUCCAUGGCAUCACAGAUCAGGACCAGGUGAAUAAACUUCUGAAAAUGUGGUACUAUGAGAAACCUCCCCUAGAUGUUAGCCAGGCAAUCCAGAGGCAAGAGAGAUCCCCUCCAGCCUGGGCAGACAGCUCCAGUACCUGGUCCAAAUACCCCCAGCACACAGAUGUGUAG